AUGGCCGGCACGCUAUCUCGUCGGACAGCGUCCAUCUCGCGCAUCACCAACGAGACCAAAAUCCAAGUCUCGCUCUCUCUCGACGGCGGCGCUUUGCUUCCUUUUGGAGCAAGCGACCACUUCCCCGCGCCCGAGUCGGCCGAAGACAUCGCAGCCGCAAAGAAAGGCGUUAUCCCGGACAAGAAUGCCCCGCACUCUACUCAGUUCACGUCGACCCAGCAGAUUACGAUAAACACGGGCAUUGGGUUCCUGGACCACAUGCUGCAUGCGCUGGCGAAGCACUCGGGCUGGAGCUUGGCAAUUCGUGCCAAGGGGGACCUCUACAUCGACGACCACCACACUACAGAAGACACCUUCCUCGGCCUCGGCACCGCCUUCACACACGCCCUGGGCGCCCGCGCAUCUCUCACACGCUUCGGCCGCGGUGACGCACCGCUCGACGAAGCCUUGUCGUGGGCCGUCAUCGACCUGUCGAACCGCGCCUAUGCCGUGAUUGACUUGGGAUUCAAGCGCGAGAAGAUUGGCGAUUUGAGCACGGAGAUGAUCACGCACGGCCUCGAGAGCUUUGCGCAGGCGGCCGGCGUCACGCUGCAUGUGGGCUGUACUUAUGGCGCAAACGAUCAUCAUCGUGCUGAGAGUGCGUUCAAGGCGUUGGCCGUUGCGGUGCGGACGGCGUGUGCGCGCCGGUCUGCCGGUGAGGUGGGCGCGGGCGAUAUUGUGAGUACGAAGGGGGUUCUCUAG